UUAUAAAAUCCCGGAACCGUCGCAUUGAUUCUUAGUGUGGUCAUGAUGGAGAAGGUGGCGAUCUUGGUUGGAAUUGUCGCGCUUCUGGAGACGGUGUCUGCUACCUCUCUGGGGGUGGUCUUCACUGAGGGCGGCAUGGUGGAAGGCGAGAACAUUCGUCUUGGUUUCCGUCAUCAUAUGGACGUCUUCAAGGGGAUUCCCUUUGCUGACAUACCUGGAAGGUUUGAGAAACCCCAGCGUCACCCGGGCUGGGAUGGUGUUCUGAAGGCCACUGAAUACAGGAAUAGGUGCCUUCAGUUGAACCUACUUAUGACUGACACCAGAGGAAGUGAGGACUGUCUUUACCUGAACAUCUGGGUUCCUCAUGGCCGAUCAGUGUCUACCAAUUUACCGGUCAUGGUCUGGAUUUUUGGAGGCGGCUUCCUGGCUGGAGGAUCAAUGGGUGCUAACUUUCUGGAUAACUAUCUGUACGACGGUCAGGAGAUUGCUGAUCGAGGGAAUGUCAUCGUGGUGACACUGGCAUACCGUGUGGGAACUCUAGGCUUCCUCAGCACCGGGGACUCAGGUUUACCUGGAAACUACGGUCUGUGGGAUCAGCAGGCCGCCAUUGCUUGGGUCCACAGAAACAUCCGCUCAUUUGGAGGAAACCCAGACAACAUUACUCUCUUUGGAGAGUCUGCAGGUGGCGCUAGUGUCAGCUUUCAGACCCUCACGCCUCACAACAAGGGUCUCAUCAAGAGAGCAAUCUCCCAGAGUGGCGUCGCUCUUUGCCCUUGGGGUAUCAACAAGAACCCCCGCAGAGUGGCCGAGGAGGUUGCUCUGAAAGUCAACUGCCCCACCGAUGAGAGGAUGGCAUCCUGUUUGAAGAUGACCGAUCCUGUGCUCCUCACACUGGCUCUCCCUCUCAAUCUGUCUACUUCACCUGAUGCCCCCCUUGUCCACAACCUGGUCCUGACUGCUGUAAUCGAUGGGGAUUUCCUGCCUGAUGAGCCUUCCAACUUGUUCCAUAACGCUGCUGAUAUCGACUACAUGGCUGGAGCCAAUGACAUGGAUGGACAUUUUUUCAUCGCUAUCGAUGUUCCUUCCAUCAACUCCCACCUGGUGGAGACCCCCGUUGAAGACGUGAAGAGGCUGCUGGCAUCAUUCACUAAAGACACGGGCAAGUCUGGUUUGGAAGAAGCAUACGCCUUGUACACGUCAUCAUGGGGAGCCAAACCCAGCAAGGAGGAAGUUAAGACAACAAUUGUGGAUAUUGGAACUGAUUACAUCUUCCUAAUUGCUACACAGGCUGCCCUUUAUCUUCAUGCCACCAAUUCCACAACUGGUCGCACCUACUCCUAUCUCUUCUCUGAGCCCAACCGUAUGGGCGGCAUCGGGCGCCCGUACCCAAGCUGGAUGGGAGCGGACCACGCUGAUGACCUGCAGUAUGUCUUUGGAAAACCGUUCACCACCCCGCUGGGAUACUGGCCUAGCCACCGUCGCCUCUCAGGCUACAUGAUCGCCUACUGGACCAACUUUGCAAAAACUGGAGACCCCAACAAAGGAGACUUGAGCGUACCCGCUACCUGGCCCAGAUUCACCAGCACUGGACACCAGUACCUGGAGAUCAAUGCUAAGAUGGAUAAAAGCUAUGUGAGACAGAAGUUGAGAAUGCGUUACGUGCAUUUGUGGACCAGCAUCCUGCCUAACCUCCCUCAAAUCUCAGAAUAAAGAGAAGCAAUCCAUUCAUAA